AUGGACCAAGACCAACUCUCCGUGACCAGCGACGCCGAGCCGGGAGAUAUACCAGCACCAGCCACUGGUAGCGUGGUCAGAUGGCGCCGGGGACUCGACCCUCGAGAUGUCGACCGUCUAAAUCAAGCAAGGGAGGACGACACCGCCAUCGUUGAGGAAAUUCCAGUGGACAGAGCUGGCCUCGGGGCAUUCUCGGUUGCGUGUCUUGUGUUUAACCGGUUGAUAGGCUCCGGAAUCUUUAACAGCGGCUCAGUGAUCUUCUACAACACACAGAGCAUUGGGGCUUCGCUCUUGAUCUGGCUUUACGGCGUGGUAGUGGCGCUGUCCGGUGUCGUCUUGUACAUCGAGCUUGGAUUGACCGUUCCGAGGUGGCAGUUGAGAGACGGCACCAAGAUCUCAACACCGCGAAGCGGCGCGGAACUUGUCUACUUCAACUACUUCCUCAAGGUUCCCAAAUACCUAGCAACGUGCGUAUUCGGGGUCUCCUUCUUGGUGUUUGGUAACACAGCGACGAACUCGGUUGCUUUUGCCGUGGCAGCGCUUCAAGCAGCCGGGGUAACAACGACGGCAAACAAGAUCGUGGGCAUUGCUAUUGCUGCCAACACCUUCUCGUGUCUUUUGCACAGCAUGUCUCGGAAAUGGGGCAUUCGACUGAAUAACCUUCUGGGGUCUCUUAAAUUGCUGCUGUUGGUCGUGAUGAUCAUCUUUGGUCUCGCAUUUUUGGACAGAAACGUCUCAGACGCCAACUUUAGCAGCAAAACGGCUUUUUCCAAGACCCCUCAGACUCCGUCUGGCGUAUAUCGCUACGCUGAAGCUUUGAUCUACGUCAUCUUCCCGUUUGGUGGAUUCCACCAGGCGAACUAUGUGAGCAGAUUUCCCUAUGUGACCAAAGAUGCUCUUUCUCACCCGAAUGGACAGGUCCUCGCCGAAAUCAAGAACCCUCGAAAGAACUUCGCGUGGAUAUCGGGCCUCAGCGUCGGCUUGCUAUGCGUAUUAUUCGUGAUUGUCAACGUGCUUUAUGCUGCCAUUAUUCCCAAGGAGGUGCUAUUUCAGCCCGGCCAAGAUGUCGCCCUUGAGUUCUUUCUGCGCACCAUCGGCCGUGCCUCCUCCGACCCCAGACGCGUCCAGGCCGCCUGCGGUGCCCUUAGAGCGCUCUCGGCAAUCGGCAACGUGAUCGUCUUCACGUUCACGGCGGCCCGCGUCAAGCAAGAAGUAGCCAAGGAGGGCAUCUUUCCUUUCUCGCUGUAUUUUGCCUCAAGUUACGAGUUCUCUCUUCGCCACGGCUUUCGACGCCUGCCCGCCCACAAGGCCGGCCACCACCUGUACACGCAAAAAGCCCCUGCCGCCGCUGUCGCCUUGCAUUGGACCAUCACAACUAUCCUCAUACUGGCUGCUGUGCUGGGGACGGCGGCAGCGGAGACAGCGACGGAUGGCAUCUUCAGCCAUCUCCCGGGGUAUUCCCUCCUGAUGAUGGCCUACGUGUACGGUCUCGAUAUCGUCUGGUUCACCGUCAUCGGUGUGGCCAUGCUGUGGCUGCGCCUUUGGCCAGGGAGCAAUUGGCGAUACAAAUCACCCAUCCCCCACUCGCUCGGGGUGGCCGCAGCGGUGGUGUUUACGACAACCAAUGUGUUCCCACUGGUUGCCAUCUGGGUACCGGAUCCGUUGCAGCCGUUCAUGGCGCGAUCAAAUGGGAAGGUGCCGUGGUUUGCGAGCCAGACGAUGACCCUAGCGAUUUUGGGGGCGGCAGGGGUCUACUGGCUUGGAUUCCGGUUCUAUCUCUGGCACCGGCGGACAAGGCAUGCCGAGGUGUUGAAGGUGACACGGAUCCCGGUGUUCAAGGGGAGCCAGGGCGGGCAGGGUGGCUUGGUGCUAUUGUAUGAGAUUAUUCGGUUGCAGUGGAAGGACUGGGUUCCGGAGGAGGACAUGCAAAUGAAACAGCCCGGAAGCGCCGAGAGUGGACCUUGA